AGGGCAGGCUGGCAUGGAGAAAGAGAAGUUCCAGCAGAAGGCUCUGAAGCAAACUAAGCAGAAGAAAUCCAAGUCGGCUGAAUUUCUGAUGGUAAAAGAAGAGAGAGCAGCAACAGAAGGCCUUGAAAAUCCAGCUUUUAACAUCAGCAGCACAGAUCUUUCAGCAUAUCAGCCUUCAGAAGAGAAAGUUAUUAGACAUGACAAGCCAGAUAGCACCCUUGCAGCUCACCAACAAAAACUCGGGCUGCAAGCCCAUGCUGAACCAAGAGGAAAUGAAUACAGCAGAAAUUACUUUGACCCAUUGAUGGGUGAGGAAAUAAACCCAAGGCAGUGUGGGAUGGAGGUCAGUGAGGAAGAUCCUGUGAAAUUUGAUGAGCAAAUCCUUUACUCUAAACUGAUGAAGCUUCUAGAUGAAGAAAACAAGAUGCUGGACUUCCAAGCCCGUGUCGUCAGUGAAGAUUUUCCGGACGCUGUAACGCCUGUCAGCUCCAGUAAGGCAUGUGACCUUCACAGGGAGCUCGAAGAUGAAGAGAUUCCUUCAUAUAUCGAACAGUUUGAGACAGAUGUUCAGAAUGACAUAAUUCUGCUUGGCAGCUUUUCACUGGAACAGCACAAGGGAGCUUCUCACCACAAGAAACAAAAGUGGAGAGCCAGGAUUCAUGAACUCUUUCAAAGAGUAGGAAGUCAGCUACUGAAAACAGAGCAGAGUGGAAUUGAAGAAGAAAUGGUAGCCAGCUUUGGUAACCUUACAGAUGUGAAUACUGGAUUAAAUGGAGCAGCAGGACCUCGUGGGAAGGCUGACUGCUCCAAGAUGCCACAGCCACUAGAAAUUCACCUCAGAUGCCUGAGGGGAGUCAAAGAUAAGGUCCCUAAAGGCCUCUACACUCUCAAAGUUUCUGUCCUCAGCUGCUUAGGUGGUGCCUUGGUGGAGUGGCCUGAACUGGAGGAGCAGCCUCAGGCCAGGACGACACGGCCUGUUAGUCAUGGUGGAAACUUCUACAACACUGAAAUCUACUUUGGACAAAGUAUCCAGACAUUUGUCAACCUACCUCCCCCAGUAACCCCUGACUACGUACUAGACAGAGGCUCCUAA